UCCAGGCUGAUGAUUUGUAUGGGAACCGGGACCGAGGUGGGACGAGCCGACUGAAUGUAGUCGCUGUGUUUUGAAGGGAAAGAAAAGAGGCCCACGCUUUUUCCCAGUUUGCAGCGAUCGGACAGCAGGAUUUGGGGUUUCUGAAUACAGACUGCGUGAGGACAGUGAGGGCAGCUUCCAGAAGGAGCCGCUUCUCCUCUCAGCCAUCUUGACUGCCGCCCGCCGCCCUGAAGGCUGUUUUCUCUCCUCCUCCUCCUCCUCCUGCUCCUCCUCGGCUCAAAGUAAACACGGCUCGCACAUUGCCUGCAACUCCGUGCAAGAUCCUGAGCGGAGCGAGAUGGGCUCGCUGCGCAACAUCUAACCGGACUGGAGGCGAAAGCAGGCGGCUGAGAGGAUUUAUUAGCUGUUUGUAUCAGAGCAGAAGAGGGGGACACGACGCGCCGGAGACAUGGACCUCUUUGGGAUUUACCUGCUCCUUUCACUCGCCCUCCUUCCGCGCUCCAGCUGCACUACAGCCAAGGAGAUCACCUGCCAGGAGAUAGCCGUGCCCCUGUGUAAAGGAAUCGGCUACAACUACACCUACAUGCCCAACCAGUUCAACCACGACACGCAGGACGAGGCAGGGCUGGAGGUCCACCAGUUCUGGCCUCUGGUCGAGAUCCAGUGUUCGCCGGACCUGAAGUUUUUCCUGUGCAGCAUGUACACUCCGAUCUGCUUGGAGGACUACAAAAAACCUCUGCCGCCGUGCCGGAGCGUGUGUGAAAGAGCCCGGGCUGGCUGUGCGCCUCUCAUGAGGCAGUACGGCUUCCCCUGGCCGGACAGGAUGAAGUGCGACCUGCUGCCCGUGCAAGGCAACCCAGACACCCUGUGCAUGGACUACAACAGGACUGACUCCACCACAGUUUCCCCCGUGCACUCUAAACCCACCAACCACCCCGGCAAGGGUGGCUUCAGUCCGCCUAAAAGUAAGCCUGGCAGACCCGUGGCGCCUGGGAAAUACAAGCCGCCUGUCGCUCCGUGUGAACCGGGGUGCAAGUGUUUGGAGCCCAUGGUGCCGGUGAACACGGACCGUCAUCCGCUUUAUAACCGCGUUAAGACGGGACAGAUCACCAACUGCGCCAUGCCGUGCCACAACCCCUAUUUUACGCACGACGAGCGUGCGUUCACCGCGUUCUGGAUAGGACUCUGGUCCGUGUUGUGCUUCGUGUCAACUUUUGCCACCGUCGCCACUUUCCUCAUAGACAUGGAGCGGUUCAAGUACCCGGAGAGACCCAUCAUCUUCCUCUCCGCGUGUUACAUGUUCGUCUCGAUCGGCUACAUCGUCAGGCUGAUCGCCGGCCACGAGAAAGUGGCGUGCAACCGGGAGUUCGACACGGAGCACAUCCACUACGAGACCACCGGCCCCGCACUCUGCACUGUGGUCUUUCUGCUCAUCUACUUCUUCGGCAUGGCCAGCUCCAUCUGGUGGGUCAUACUGUCUCUGACCUGGUUCCUCGCAGCCGGGAUGAAGUGGGGCAACGAGGCGAUCGCCAGCUACUCCCAGUACUUCCACCUGGCUGCAUGGCUCAUCCCCAGCAUGAAGUCCAUCGCGGUGCUGGCGCUGAGCUCCGUGGACGGAGACUCCGUGGCCGGGAUCUGCUACGUGGGGAACCAGAACCUGGACAAUCUGCGGGGCUUCGUCCUCGCCCCCUUGGUGAUUUAUUUAUUCAUAGGCACUAUGUUCCUCCUGGCCGGAUUUGUGUCCCUGUUCAGGAUUCGCAGCGUUAUCAAGCAAGGCGGCACCAAAACGGACAAACUGGAGAAACUGAUGAUCAGGAUAGGGAUAUUCACGGUGCUCUACACGGUGCCAGCCACUAUAAUAGUCGCCUGUUACUUUUACGAGCAGCACAAUAGGCAGAGCUGGGAGAUCACGCACAACUGCUCCAACUGUUUAUUAGAGAGGGACCGCAGGAGCCCGGACUAUGCAGUUUUUAUGUUAAAGUACUUUAUGUGCCUUUUGGUGGGCAUCACGUCCGGAGUGUGGAUCUGGUCCGGCAAAACUUUAGACUCUUGGAGGACUUUCUGCACCAGGUGCUGCUGGGGCAGCAAGGGCACCAGCGGCUCCAUGUACAGCGACGUGAGCACGGGACUGACGUGGAGGUCGGGCACGGCCAGCUCCGUGUCCUGCCCCAAGCAGAUGCCAUUGUCCCAGGUUUGAAUGGGAGGAAUUAAAAAUCAGCUUAUGGGGUGCGCUAAUUGUUUGGGAGAUAACCCAUCACUCUGUGUCUCCAGCAAUUUGCAUAGUAAUGAACUGCUCGCUGAGGUGCCCCCCUACACCACCACUACUCUUACACACACCUCUGUGGGGAGACCUGGCUGAGACAAUGUACCUGGCAUUCACACAGGUUAAUUCCCGCCCUGUUUAUAUGUAUUAGAGGUACAGACUGAGGCUUUUUGUUUAAACAACUGGGCAUUACUUGCUGUGAGUUUUGUUUCUAAGCUUCACACAAAGAGCAUUUGGGGAUUUCUUUUAAUUAUUAUUAUUAUUAUUAUUAUCUACUUAGUGCCAGAUAGCAUUGUAUAAUUCAAUCACAUCAAAGAUGGUUUAAAUUAAGCCUUAAUAGUGCCCAAGUACUUUACGGGUCAUUCAUUUUGUAAUUUCAAAUGUAUUUAUAUAAAAGUUUCUGUAAAAAAAAAACAACAACCUGUACAUUUGUGUAUAAAAGAAAACUUUAUAAGAUACUGUAAAUUUGUACAAAGUGUAGAUGUCACUUUUGUGAAGAGAGCAAAUAUGAGCUUUAUUUUGACAAUAAAACAUUUGAUAAAUCUGAAA